CUUUUGCUUCUCCGAUUCUCUACUCUAUGCUUUUUUCUCCUUCUUCUUCUUCUUCUUCUUCUUGUUGUUGUUGUUGUACAUGGUUUCCUCCAUCAUCGCAGUUUCAGAAGGCAAAAAGAUGGAGUCAGAAUCCAAGGAAUCACUAUCUGCUGACAUGUCAUCUUUUCUGAGUAGAUCAUCUGAAACAUUUAAUGGAGGCACUGGAUAUCGUUCUGCAAAUGAUCUCAGCAUGUUCUCAAGCUCAUUGCCUACACUUUUCCAUGAGAAGCUGAAUAUGACUGAUUCUGAUAGUUGGCUCUCCUUUGAUGAUAACUCACCCAAUCUGAACAAACUUGGCAUAGGUCACUCAGAGAAUGAUUCGUUGGAAGAUGUUGAACCUGAUUCUCUAGAAAUCUUGCUGCCUGAAGAUGAAAAUGAGCUCCUUCCUGGCCUUAUUGAUGAGCUUAAUUUUACCGGUUUGCCUGAUGAACUUGAAGAUCUCGAAGAGUGUGAUGUCUUCUGCACGGGAGGGGGUAUGGAAUUGGAUCUUGAAUCCCAAGAUAAUCUUGCUGUUGAUGUGUCAGGGAUGCAGAUAUCUGAUCGCGGUCCUGCAAAUGCCUUUGCUCCUCGUAAACGUCCCAAUACGUCUGGCAGAGUUUCGGUAGAACAUCCAAACGGUGAACAUCCUUCAAGGACAUUAUUCGUAAGGAAUAUCAACAGCAGUGUUGAGGAUUCUGAGUUAAGCGCCCUUUUUGAGCCCUUUGGGGAGAUCAGAAGUUUGUACACUGCAUGCAAAAGCAGGGGUUUUGUUAUGAUAUCCUAUUAUGAUAUCCGAGCUGCGCAUGCUGCAAUGCGUGCCCUUCAGAACACACUUUUAAGAAAGAGGACACUGGACAUUCACUUUUCCAUUCCUAAAGAAAAUCCGUCAGAGAAGGAUAUGAAUCAAGGAACUCUUGUGAUUUUUAAUGUGGAUACAACAGUAUCGAAUGAGGAGCUCCUUCAGCUCUUCGGUGCCUAUGGUGAAAUAAGAGAGAUUAGAGAAACCCCAAACAGGCGUUUCCACAGGUUCAUUGAGUACUAUGAUGUUAGAGAUGCAGAGACAGCCCUGAAAGCACUGAAUAGAAGUGAGAUAGGUGGUAAAUGUAUAAAGCUUGAACUGAGCCGUCCUGGAGGUGUUCGUCGACUCUCGGUCCCAUCACAAAGUCAAGAUUUGGACAGACACGAAGUUACAAAUUUCUUCAAUCAAGUCGGUUCACAUGUUGCUAACUCCCCACCAGGUAACUGGCCAAUUGGUAGCCCAGUGAAGGGCUCUCCUUCACAUGCCUUUCUGAGACAACAUGGUUUAGGAAUGCUCAGGCCAGUUAACUCAGAUAAUAUGCCGGGGUUGGCUUCAAUUCUUCCUUCUCAUCCCCCUAGCUUUCAUGGAUUUUCACCAGUCAGUACUGACCAAGGGCUAUUGCAUCAUCCAAACCAAACUAUUCUGAACAAAGGAUUGAUGCACAACGCUUCCUAUGGACAACCCCAUUCAUUGCCAGAGCAUACAGCAGGGGGACUUUCCAACUCCAUGAGGUUUGUUGCUCCACACUCCUCAGGAUUUGGGACUUCAUCUGAUCACCGCUAUCGCUGGGGAAGCCCUCCUCAGCAAAUGAAUUAUCCUGGUUACCCUGGAGUGCCGUCAUCAUCAUCAUCUACUGAACGUCCUUUCUCUGUCAGGAGUGGUUUUCCAUUUGCUGAGAGGCAAGUUUCAUUGCUUGGAAAAUACCAGCAUCAUGUGGGAUCUGCUCCCUCAAGCAUUCAUUUUAAUACCCAAAUGAAUAUCUACCCAGGAUCACCAGAGACACCCCUUGGAUUUGGUGAUAUGGGAAUCAGCAAAAACUAUACCAAUGCUCAUAGAAAACCAGACCUUGGUGUUAGUCUACCGGGAAACUAUAGUGAACGGGAUUUCACUGGCUUUGGCAUGUCUUCAAUGCCUACAGUUCCUUUCGGUGGGAGUAGAGGAUUACAAUCAGUAAGGCCGGAAAAUUUUGCUGAGCAGGGCAGGAUCCAUAACCACGAGACUCACAAUCAGAAUCAGUUCAUAGAUGUUGGGAAAUAUCAUAUUGACUUGGAUAAAAUUGCUAGUGGAGAUGAUAUGCGGACUACAUUAAUCAUCAAAAACAUCCCGAACAAGUAUACUUAUAAGAUGCUGGUGGCUGAAGUUGAUGAAAAGCACAAGGGAGACUAUGACUUUCUGUGCUUACCUGUAGACUUUAAGAAUAAGUGCAACAUGGGUUACGCUUUUAUAAACAUGGUUUCUCCAUUGCACAUCGUUCCCUUCCAACAGACCUUCAAUGGUAAAAUAUGGGAGAAAUUCAACAGUGGCAAAGCUGCUUCAUUGGCAUAUGCAGAGAUCCAAGGGAAGCCUGCUCUUGCUUUAUACAUGCAGACUCCAAAUCCUAUGAAGGAAGAAAAGCAAUUGUUUCCAGAAGUCUCCCACCAUGAUGAGGGUCGAGACUCCAAUGAUCACGAGCAACUUUUUUCAAGCAUUUGGAACAUAACUGUACCCGAUUCAGAUUGGUCUUACACAAUGGAUCUUAUGGAGAAUCCGAGAGAAAACGGUAACUCGAAGAACGCUGCAGAAGAGUCCUCUUAAAUCCCUACUAGCUGGGAACUCUAACUCACCAUCAAUGGUAAACUAAGUGUACAGAUCUGGCGUGGUUAUGGAAGAAACAGAUGUACAGUAUUAAGGCUUGUUUUUCCACGGAACAAAGUAACCGGGUUUUAGGGAUUACUUCAUCUAAAGACAUCUCUAUUAGUUCAUUACGUUAUACGCUUUAUUCAGAACCUCUCCUUGUCAGUAAUGUAUAUAACAUCCUCUUGCGUGUACAUUAUCCUGUCCAUGUGAAAGACAUGAUCAGAAUUUAGUUGUCCA